AUGCUCCGAAGGGCACAGGGGUCAGGGAUCUCGCAGGGGUUGAUGACAUCACCGUUGUGGUGGCCGGAACCCCUAACCCUCGCGAGUGCCGCACCGACAAACACAUCGCGACCGAAUCUCUCUCGGACACGCCGUUCUCGCGCGUCGGGCUCCUUCCACGCCGGAGAGCCGUUCCCGUUACCAUCGCCGUAUGACGAAUCCGUCCCCAGCGGUAGUCGAACUCGAAAACGUUCCGCCGCAGAACCUCGCCACCUGCUUCGUCGCCAGUCGACAGCCAAGUACCACACUUUUCCGACCCCGCCGCCCGACGCCCCUUCUGAUGGUCAGCGCUCGCCCGGAGAACCACGCGCCUGGUACAAACGCCUUUUCCGGCCCUUCGACGACGUCUCCAACCUUGAGCAUGACGCAGGCGAUCUCGAUGGCCUACCACGCGACGCGCCGGACGCCAGGGAGGAUGAUUUCAACGGAGAGAUUGAAGACGGAUACAUCACUCCAUUGCCCUGGGCGCAAUUGAGCCUUCUCGCGCUACUCUCGCUCGCUGAGCAAACCGCGCUGAACUCGAUUGGCCCCUACCUGCCAACUAUGGUGGCCUCAUUCGACGAGAUCCCGGACGGUGAUGUGGGCUUAUACGUCGGGCUUCUCGCCUCUGCCUUUGCCCUGGCUCAGCUGGCCACGAAUCUCUUGUGGGGCUAUCUGUCGGACCGUGUGGGACGCAAGCCGACCAUGCUGGUGGGCACUUUUUUGCUGAUGGGCUGCUUCGUUGGCUUUGGCUUCUGCACCACAUAUGUGCAGCUGAUCAUGGUACAUGUUGCCAUGGGUCUCCUAAACGGAAAUGCAGCCAUCGUGCCGACAUGCCUGGGCGAAAUCACAGAUCGCACAAACCAAAGCAGCGCAUUCACUUGGCUACCCGUCAUCUACAGCCUCGGGAGCAUCACAGGUCCUGCCUUGGGUGGCUUGUUGGUGGGAAUUUCCGGACAAACCAAGUACCCGUUUCUAGCUCCCAAUAUUGUGGAUGCCGCCCUUCUGCUCUCCAGCGUCGUGGUGCUGGCCAUUUGGUUCGAUGAGACUCUUGGUUCUCUCGACCGUGCCGCCGCUGGUCCGAGCUCGGACUGGUUCAAGCAGACACGCAACUGGUGCGCAGCACACUGGAACUCAAAAUCGAACAAACUGCGAGGGCAAGGGAGACGGCCGUCAGGGUCAAUGGGCAUCGUGUCAGGAGGGUUGGACGGCCGCCCGGACCAUGAGGAUGAGGCGUCCGAUUUCGACGGCGAACAACAGGGGCUCCUUUCGCCCCAAGGCGGUCGGGGCGGUGACGGUGACAACAAGGGCGCUGAGGGACAGGACUCGGCCUUUCGCGAACUUCGCAACCGGAACACAUUGGCCGUGUUAGGGACGUAUCUUGUCUUCCAACUCGCAAACAUUUCCUUCAACUCGCUAUACCCCAUAUUUGCUUCCUCUCCGGCACCUACAGGUCGCGAGCUUGGACCCGGCAUAAUCGGGGUUAGCCUCUCGUUGGCCGGUUUGGCCACUAUUCUCUUCCAGCUCUUUGUGUUUCAGAGACUCAAAACGCGAAUCGGAAACCUCGGCACUUACCGGUACUCGUUGCUCGGCAUGGCCAUCAGCAUGGCGCUUAUGCCCUGGGUCAACCAUCUCGGCAAUGAGCCAAUACUUGGGCUAGGAACGGGCAAGAUCUGGCUGUACGGCGAGUUGGGAGUCAUUUUAGUGCUCAAGAAUAUUUGCGCCGUUGGGGGGCUCAGCAGCGUCAUGUUGUUGAUCACCAAUUCUGCACCCUCACACGAAACAUUGGGCACGCUCAACGGCAUCGCCCAGACCCUCUCGGCGGCCGGCCGCAGUAUCGGGCCGUUUUUGUCGGGGGGGCUCUUUACUUUGUCAACACGAGUGAGGCCGAAGGGGGAGCUGCUUGCUUGGGGUCUCUUCGCCGGCGUCACACUCUUUGGGUGGCUUGGUUCCUUAGCUAUCCGGAACAAGGGGCUUGAGGGCGCCGAAUGGCCAGACAGCGAUGACGACAUUGGAACUGACGGGCCGGGAGACGAUGAGCAGCGUAUCGGUUCAUAG